AACCCUAUAAAUCUCUUUUGUCACAUUUCAUUCGUUUUCCAUCCUUACUCUCAUCAGCUGGAGACUCCUCCACGGCGCGACGUUUGUUCUCUCAAGAUUCUCAAGUGUUGGUUCCUUCUUCUCUAAUGCUGUGUUUCGUUGGGGAUUUGGGGAGGGAUUUGGAAAGGGAAAGGGAAAGAUGUGUGAAACUAGGUAAAAUAUAGGCAUAUUUUAUUCACAUUUCACCUACCUUUUCCAUUUCCCUUUCCAAAUCACUUCCAAAAUUUCUCAACCAAACACAGCAUAAGAGCGCUCUCUCUCGCUCGCUGGCUUGCUUCGCCGUGUUCUACAAAAUGGCACUGUUUUUCCAUCAUUCUCCACCUGCUCGUUCAAUUUUAAUUCCCAUUGACAGAUUCAGUACCUUGCCAGUAGAGAUAAAACUCAAUAUUCUAGAGCACAUUUCUUUUGAAGAAGCCGCAAGAGCCAGCAUCUCAAGGACAAUUAAUUGGUCUGAACAUCCACAAGUCAUACUUGACAAACCCCUCUUUGAUGAGUGGGGCCGAUGGAUUCGACUCGAUCCAGGUGCAUGGGCGGACAAAGUUACUAGAAUUCUCUCUAAUCAUCAUGAAGUUCCCAUUCGAAAGUUUAUUCUCCACAUUCCGGACAUGCAAUUUAAGUGGGCCCUAUAUAUAAAUAUCUGGCUAUCAUGCCUGUCAAAGAAUAGUAUUAACAAACUCUCCGUCGAUAAUUGGAGUAUUUUUACAUUUAAGCUUUCUUCUCUUCUCUUUGAGUGCUCUGAAUUGACACGAUUGAUGCUCCAUAAUUGUGCAUUCUACAAAUCAUUUGGAGUCUUUCAGAAUCUCCGAUUCCUUCGUUUCGAGAACAUAGCAUUUGGUUCUGUCAAAGUUGGUGAGCUUACACUCAGUAUCCCAUCGCUUGUGCAGGCGGAGCUUGUAGAUUGCACAGGCAGGCGCCAGGACUCCAGAAUUUUGUUGUUGCCAGCAGUGGUGGAAUCAACGUUGAUGAUGUGAAUCAGGUGAGGUUAAAGCUGGCUCAUUUUUGGAGGUGCGUCCUCUCUCCAACUUUUUUAACUCAUUUUUUUUUCAAAAAAAAAAAAAGGUGAAAAAGUUACUAAAAUAGGCUGUUCCCAAACGAGAAAAAAUAUGUAAAAAACAAAGAGGUGAUGUGACUUGAAUAAGUCAAUAAGUUGGCUUUUUUUUCUUCUUCUCGUUUUGGGUCUGUUAUAUUCGUUUUGUAAAAUGUUUAAGAUCCAAAGUUUUUUUUCUCAUAAUUUAAUUCA